AUGAUUAGCACAGAGAGUUUUUCAGCAGUGAAUAAGAAUCCUAUUAGUGCUCUCAUGGAGUAUGCUCAAUCUCGUCAUCAACAGGCUAAAAUUGAAGUAGUAAGCCAACGUGGUCCUUCUCAUAAACCUACAUUUAUCAUAGCGGCUAUGAUUGGUAACCGUAUAUUUCCUGGUGUUAAAUCUAGAAGUAAAAAAGAUGGAAGAACCGAAGCAGCAGACCUGGCAUUACGUAUUUUAUUAUCAGAAGGCCAAUACAAGAUUAAUUCAGAACCUGGCAAAACUAGCAAUGUAACAACUACUCCAAUGACGCAUUUUGAUAAAAUGGCAGCUUUAAGUCAUCAGGCAUUUAAUCAGUUGAUAGCUUCAAUACCAGAGAAAUUUGCUGGUAGAAAGGUUAUAGCAGCAUUGAUAUUAAAAAGAAGUUCAACUGAUACUGGUACAGUUAUUAGUGUAGGUUCAGGAAACAGAUGUAUAACUGGAGAAGAGUUAAGUUUAGAAGGAAAUACUGUAAAUGAUUCUCAUGCUGAAAUUAUAACUAGAAGAGGUUUUAUAAGGUUCUUGUAUAAACAACUAGAAACAUACACUACAGACCAGCCUCAUGAAUUCUUUGAAGAAGGACCAUCAGGCAAACUUAGAAUCAAAUCAAAUUUCACUUUUCACCUAUAUAUAUCUACUGCACCUUGUGGUGAUGGUGCACUCUUCUCACCAAGAGAUGCAGCUUCUAACAAAGGACCAGUAGAAGAUAUAGAAAAUCAUCAACAUAAUCCAACAUUUACCAGUAAUGUACAGGGUGUUCUCAGAACUAAGAUGGAAGGAGGUGAAGGCACUAUUCCAAUAGAAUCAGAUUUCACAGUACAAACAUGGGAUGGUAUUGUUCGUGGAGAACGUCUACGUACCAUGUCUUGUACUGAUAAAAUCUGUCGUUGGAAUGUCGUUGGUAUGCAAGGGGCAUUACUCUCACAUCUUAUAGAACCUGUUUAUUUGAACUCUCUUACAUUAGGCUAUUUAUAUGAUCAUGGUCAUCUAGCUAGAGCUGUUUGUUGUCGUGUUGGGAAAGGAGAACCAGAUUUCAACAGUCUACUACCAUCAGGUUUUCAGUUAAAUCAUCCUUGGUUAGGAAGAAUGACGGCCUGCGAACCUCAACGUGAAACCCAGAAGACUAAAGCGUUAAGUAUCAACUGGUGUUUUGGAGAUGAUAGACCAGAGGUUAUUGAUGGUACUACAGGUCGUUUUGAAAGAACAUUUUUCUCAAGACUGUGUAAGAAAGAAUUGUAUACUAGUUUUCGUUCGGUUUGUACUAAAUUUGGUCUCUCUGACUUAUUGUCAGCCAAGACCUAUUUAGACGCCAAAAAAAUGGCUACUGAUUUUCAAGCUGCUAAGAAUGUGAUGUUAAAAAGACUGAAAGAGAAUGGGUUCAGUAUUUGGGUGUCUAAACCAAUGGAAGAAGAAAUGUUUUCUUGUUAA